GAGCUCCCUGCUCACUAUCCAAGACAAGUUUAAGAUCUUUUCAUUCUUUCUCUAAGUAUUGUUGGCAGCAGAAGCAAAAUGACAAGCUUAGGAAAGUUGGGGCAAUGGCCUUUACUUGUAACUGCUUUGGCAAUUUGCAUAGUAGCCAACACUGUUUUUGCUGAUUACUCUUAUGGGUAUGCUUCUCCCUCACCUUCUUAUGCCUCUAAGAAGUAUUACAAAUCACCAUCUCCACCCAAGUAUUAUGUACCUACUCCUUACUACAAGUCACCUGCUCCUUCAAAGUACUACAAGUCACCCGCUCCCGCGAAAUACUACAAGUCGCCCGCUCCCGCGAAAUACUACAGGGCGCCCGUGCCCGCGAAAUACUACAAGUCGCCAGCUCCUUCAAAGAACUACUACAAAUCGCCAUCGCCUGCAAAGUAUUACAAGUCACCAUCCCCUGCAAAAUAUUACAAAUCGCCUACUCCCUCUAAAUACUAUAAGUCACUGCCACCACCAAAAUAUUAUAAGUCCCCAGUUUACUACAAGUCUCCUCCACCACCAACUUAUUAUGGAAAAUCACCUUCGUAUUACAAGUCACCUCCACCACCACCAAAAUAUUACAAAUCCCCAGUUUACUACAAGUCUCUACCACCACCAACUUAUUAUGAGAAGUCACCUCCACCCCCACCAAAAUACUAUGAGCAAUCACCAUCUUCUUAUAAAUCUCCACCUCCACCAUACUAUAAAGAAUCUACACCUUCCUAUAAAUCUCCUCCACCGCCACCAAAAUACUACGAGCAAUCACCUAUAAUUUACAACUUGCCAUCUCUACCAAAGACCUAUGAAAAAUCACCAUCUUAUUACUCACCUCCACCACCAGUAAAUUAUUACAAGCAAACUCCUACCUAUGCCUCACCUCCACCACCUGAGAAGUACGAGCAAUCCGCCACCUAUGCUUCACCUCCACCCCCAUCAGCAUCUCCUCCGCCAACCUACUGCAACACAAGUCUUAGUUCUGUCCUUCUCUUGUCCCAAUAUAGUUGCAAAAUGAGAAGAAGCUUUGGGAAUUUAGGGCAAUGGCCUCUUCUUGCUGUUGCUUUGGCAAUUUGCUUUGUAGCCAGCACUGUUGUUGCUGAUUACUCUUAUGGCUAUGCUUCUCCCUCACCUUCUUACAUUUCUAAGAAGUAUUACAAAUCACCAUCUUCACCCAAGUAUCAUGUACCUACUCCUUACUAUAAGUCACCUGCUCCUUCAAAGCACUACUACACGUCACCACCUCCUGUAAAAUACUACAAAUCUCCAGCUCCCGUAAAAUACUACAAGUCGCCAGCUCCCGCAAAAUACUACAAAUCUCCAGCUCCCACAAAAUACUACAAGUCUCCAGCUCCCGCAAAAUACUACAAGGUGCCAGCUCCCGCUAAAUACUAUAAGUCGCCGGCUCCCGCAAAAUACUACAAGGCGCCAGCUCCCGCAAAGAACUACUACAAGUCACCAUCGCCUACAAAGUAUUACAAGUCACCAUCCCCAGUAAAAUAUUUCAAAUCGCCUGCUCCCUCUAAAUACUACAAGUCACCGCCGCCACCAAAAUAUUACAAGUCCCCAGUUUACUACAAGUCUCCACCACCACCAGCUUAUUAUGAAAAAUCACCUUCGUAUUACAAGUCACCUCCACCUCCUCCAAAAUACUAUGAGCAGUCACCUUAUUACAAGUCACCUCCACCCCCACCAAAAUACUAUGAGCAAUCACCAUCUUCUUACAAAUCUCCACCUCCACCAUACUAUAAAGAAUCUACACCUUCCUAUAAAUCUCCUCCACCUCCACCAAAAUUCUACGAGCAAUCGCCUAUAACUUACAACUUGCCAUCUCUACCAAAGACCUAUGAAAAAUCUCCAUCUUAUUAUUCACCUCCACCACCCGCAAACUAUUACAAGCAAACUCCCUCCUAUGCCUCACCUCCACCACCUGAGAAGUACGAGCAAUCCGUCACCUAUGCUUCACCUCCACCCCCAUCAGCAUCUCCUCCACCAACCUACUACUGAAAUUAACUAUUCAGUCAUUUUCCGCCAUUUCCAUGGCUUCUAUUCCUUUUUGUCCUCUUAUUUUUAGCAACUCCAUUUCAUCUUCCAAAAAUUUAUGUAUGUUUCCCGAAAUGAUCGGGUUUACUUAUUGUGUAUUCAAUGUUCUUUUGUCUUAAUAAUUUUUUUUAUUUAUUGUUUGAUUUAAGUAAGAUCCUCGAGAUCUCCAUCAAUUGUUCUCAUUAUAUCAAGAUUCUAUAUAUUCUACUUUUCUUAA